CAAAACCCUCUUUAGUCUUUCCCCUCAAAACCUUUACCCUCGUUGGCGGCUGCGAAGUGUGAACUCCUCCACGCCGUCUCCCUCCCUCUCCGCUCAAACCCCUAAAUCUUACUUUCACCUUGUUUAUCGGAGAUUUAGGGUUUUAUCUAUAGGAUCUGAUAAUCAUUUUUAUCCACUCAUGGCUACCGUUGCUCCCUCUUCUGAGAAAGCUGCAGAUUUGCUGCAGAAUUUGUCCUUAGAUUCUGAAGCAAAGACCUUCGAAAUUCCUGAGCCCACCAAGAAGGUUGAUUUAGGGGUGGACUCGGUAGGUUAUGAUUUAACGUUGAUUCUGCCUUUUGGGCAGACUUCUGUUUACCAAUAUGGUGGUGUGGAGUCGGGUAUUCCUGCAAAUGGUCAGAUCCAGUCAUCUGAGCGGUCGGUGACGCCAUUUCUACCUGAUUUAAUGGAUCCGACGAUGUGCUACCUUCCUAGUGGUUAUCCAUCUCCCGCCUAUUAUUAUGGCUAUAAUGGAAAUGGUAAUGAGUGGGAUGACUAUUCUAGAUAUGCACAUACAGAUGGAGUGGAGAUGUCGUCAGGAGUUUAUGGGGAUAAUGGGCCUGUUAUGUAUCAUAAUGGUUAUGGAUAUGCACCUUAUGGCCCAUAUUCACCUGCAGCUUCCCCAGUUCCAACUUUGGUAAAUGAUGGCCAGAUAUAUGGGCCUCAGCACUACCAGUAUCCUGCUUAUUUCCAGCCGCUGACACCUAACAGCAGCUCAUUCACUCCAAGUCAGGCAGUAUCGAUUCAAGGCGAGCUUACUUCCUCCACUGCUCCUGACCAGAAGCCUAAGUUGGCAGAAACCAAAGUGAAUUCUAGUACCAUUGUCAAUGGCGGAGGAUUGAAGGGGAACAAUGGUUCAAUUCCUACUAAACCAACAUAUCAAAAUUCAUUGUUGAAUUUGAAUAAUACAAAUGGAAGGGGUAUUAUGCCAGGGGGUAUACCUGCUGCUGGUUAUCAGGAUCCAAAAUUUGGCUUUGAUGGGAAGUACAGAAGCACUGGCAUUGCUUCUUCAUUCUUGAAGGCAAAUAAUACUCCAUCUUCAAGGAACCAUAAUUUCCGGCAAAACUCCAGUUAUAUGGGAUUGCAUCACCUGGCUCCUAUUUCUGGCAUGGGAUCAACUCAUGGAUACAUAAAUGGAAUGUACCCAAACAAGUUUUAUGGUCAAUAUGGAAAUACUUUUAGGUCUAGUAUGGGCAUUGGAUCAACUGGUUAUGAUUCAAGGAUAAAUGCAAAUGGGUGGUUGGCCAUCGACAGCAAAUAUAAACCCAGAGGGCGAGGCAAUGGUUAUUUUGGUUACCGAAAUGAGGGUAUUGAUGGUUUGAAUGAGCUAAAUAGGGGACCAAGGGCCAGGGGAUUUAAGAACCAGAAGGGUUUCACACCUGUCACAUUAGUUGUCAAGGGGCAGAAUGUGCCUUCAAUUGAAACUGUUACUGAGGGAAAGGAUGAGACUGUUGUUACUCCAGACAAGGAACAAUACAACAAAGCAGAUUUCCCUGAGGAUUAUGUUGAUGCUAAAAUUUUUGUUAUCAAAUCUUACAGUGAGGAUGAUGUCCAUAAGAGCAUAAAGUAUAACGUGUGGGCCAGCACUCCAAAUGGGAACAAGAAGCUUGAUGCAGCAUAUCAGGAGGCCCAGCAGAAAUCUUCUGGUUGCCCUGUAUUUCUUUUCUUCUCGGUAAAUACUAGUGGACAAUUUGUUGGCCUUGCUGAGAUGGUUGGGCCGGUUGAUUUUCACAAGAAUGUGGAAUACUGGCAACAGGAUAAGUGGACUGGUUGUUUCCCAUUGAAAUGGCACAUUGUAAAGGACAUACCUAACAGUUUAUUGAAGCACAUCACCCUUGAGAACAAUGAAAACAAACCUGUAACUAACAGCAGGGACACACAAGAGGUUAAGCUGGAGCAGGGGCUUAAAAUGUUCAAAAUAUUCAAAGAUCAUUCAAGCAAAACAUGCAUUUUGGAUGAUUUUGGAUUUUACGAGAGGCGUCAAACGUUAAUUCAGGAGAAGAAGGCCAAGCAACAGCAGUUGCAGAAACAGGUAUUAGAAGGAAAGCUUGAAGGUGAGAGGAAAGUAGAAAAUGUAUCACACAGUGCAUUGGAGGUUGAGAGAUGUAUCACAAAGCUUGGAAGUGAUGCGACACAGGGACUUGUUUCAACUGCUCAGUCAAAUGGGGACUCGAACCAUUCAGAGAAUGGGCCAGUUGCAAAAGCUGGAGAUGCCUCAGAGAAUCAGAAUAUAGGAAAUGGGAUUGUCAACGUCUGCUAGUUGUUACCAUACCCUGCUCUAGGGAUUAAUUUAAGGUAUUUCUGAAGUUUGUUGCUUGAGGGUAGAACAUGGAGUAAAUUGAUAAGAAUGCUCCUCGAGCUGUGGACUGCUGUUGUGGAGCUAUCUUGCUUGUCUAAAGCCUCAUUAUUAUCAAAGGGGAGGGGAAGUCAUGGUAUUCUUCACUUCUGAUGGGUUUCAGUGAGCUGCCUCGAAUCAAAGUAUUUCUAUGAUGCAUCUUCCAUAUGGUGGUCAGCUCCCGACAGGCUUCAUUCCCUAUGAGUUUGUGUUUAGAGUUUUUGUUUUGUUGGCUUUUGUAUCCUUCUAUGAUUGUCUCUCUGGUUUCUAGCUUUCUUUUUUCCCAUAGUUUCUGUUUUCACCUGCAUGGCCAUUUCCUACCUCUAGAAGGUCUAGAUAUAGAUAGUUUAUCAGUUUCUGGUUAUUCAUAUUUGUAAUGUAGAGAGCUAUAAGCAAGUUGGGAAAGCAUUUCAAAUACAUAAGUGAGCAAUAGGAGCUUUUUCAUUUU